AUGAACAGUUCCGUUCCUCACAACACGAUGGGGAAUCCCGGACAUCAUCCAACUGAGGAUAGCACUGGGCAGGCACCCUAUGGCUAUUCACAACCUCAUAUAAUCGACAUGUUUUUUCCGGGAUUCUCACUCUUCUCAACUGCUCUGAAGAACUACACCGCCAUCGACCUCAACAUCUACAUCCCUAUGCUCAUGAUCCUGGGUAUGCUAGUAUUCUGUUGGCAAUAUCUCGAAGCAUGGUUCUGGGUUGAGCUUGACGCUCAUUUUAUGUCAACUGCUGAUGUUCGCAUUGACGAUGAAAUGUAUAACAUGGUAAUGGCAUGGAUAUCUGAACAACCAUUUGCGCAACGAUCUCGUCAUUUUGUCGCCAAUACCAACCUGAACAGUCGUCUGUGGUUUAUGUGGAACUUGAAUGAGGAUGAUGAAGAGAAAGAGGAGGAGGAUGAUGACUUUGAGAUCGACGAGGAUGGAAAUCCUGUUCCAAAGAAAGCAUCCGAAAAGGAGAAGAGAGUCCGAUUCACACCAAGCUUCGGAACUCAUUACUUUUGGUACAAGAGGAGAUUGUUGCAAUUCAGACGUUCGCAGACUGCAUCAUUAAACCAUUCGGCUGUGAGCGAAAGAGAGGAAAUUUCAAUUUCUUCCUUUGGUAGAAACCCUCGCAUCCUCAAGGAGUUACUUGACGAGUGCCGCCAAGCCUUUAUAAAAAACGAUGAAAAUAAAACUAUUAUCUACAGGGGCGGUGCCAAGGGAGGUGCCUUCAGUGAGCCGGGCUGGACUCGUCUCCUUUCCCGCACCUCUCGCCCUUUCUCUACGGUUGUUCUCGAUGAAGUGGUAAAGCAAAAUAUCAUUGCCGAUAUGAAAGAUUACCUGCAUCCAUACACUAAGCGAUGGUAUUCUAACCGUGGUAUUCCGUAUCGUCGUGGAUAUUUACUCCAUGGGCCACCUGGCACAGGAAAGAGUUCACUUAGUUUCGCAAUCGCCGGAUAUUUCAAACUAAAGAUCUAUAUCGUUUCUCUGAAUUCCGGUUCGAUGAAUGAAGAAACCCUGAAUAUUCUCUUCGCUGAGCUUCCCAAGCAGUGUGUUGUACUUCUUGAAGAUAUCGAUACAGCCGGGCUUACCCACACUCGUGACGACGAAGAUGAGGAGAGUUUUGAAUUCGAUGAAGAAGCUGGUCCUAGAUCUCCGUUGACCAAGGCAACCAAAGCUAUGGAGGCUAUGACAAAGAAGAAUGGCGGCAAGGAUCAGUCGGGUAAGGUCUCUUUGAGUGCAUUGCUCAAUGUGAUUGAUGGAGUUGCAUCGCAAGAAGGAAGAAUUCUCAUCAUGACCACAAAUCACAUCGAAAAGCUAGAUGAGGCACUUAUCAGGCCCGGCCGAGUCGACAUGACUGUUCACUUUAAUUUGGCUACUAGGGAAAACAUGGAACAAAUCUUCAAAAGUAUCUACGCAACUCUCGAAGGAGACUAUCCUGAGCUCAGAAGCUCUGAGAAUGGAUCCUCCAAUGGCAGCAGCGUUAAAUCAGGAUCUUAUAGAGGAAGAAGUCCGGGGAGUGCUGUCCCAGUCAACAAGCGGGGCAUACACAAGAAGAAGCCUAGAAGUCCUUCGAAAGAAAGAAGAAUACAGGCAGAAUUGGAUCGAAUCAUUGCGGCGGAAGAGGAGCAAAGAAGGAUUGAGGAUGAAGAGAGAAUAGCAAAAUUAGCAGAGCUCUUCAGUGAGAAGGUUCCCGAGGCAAAGUUUAGUCCAGCGGAAAUUCAAGGAUACUUGUUGAAGCAUAAGAGAAAUGCGGAAGAUGCUGUUGAGGGAGCAGAGCAAUGGGUUAAGGAGAGAGAGGAAGAGAAAGAGAGGGCGAAGAUGAAGGAGAGUGAGGAAAGAGAGAAGAGAGAGAAGGAGAGAGAAAAGUUGGAAAAGGAAAUUGAGAAACUGAAGAAGGAAAUGGAGGCUGAAGAAGGCGAUGGUGGUGAAGAUGAUGAGGAUGAGGAAGGAGAUUCUGAAAAGGUAGUGAAAGAAGUUGAAGCCAUCAAGGAGCAGACCGAGAUGGUCAAGAAAGAGGUCGAAGCUCUUGAAGAUGAAGGCUUCGAUGGAAUGGAGAAGAACACCCAGAAGAUGCAGAAGGCUGGAGUUAAGUUGAAGGAUAUCGAAAUGGCAAGUGGGGAGAAAGCCACACAUAAGUCCGAUAUGGAGAUGGUUGAGUAUGCAGAAACUGUAUCUCAGACUGGUCCAGAUGAGAUGCUUGUCUAG